AUGAAUUCUUGUGUACAUUAAAAUGCUAAUUUUGAUUUUGUUUUGAAUUUGACAGGUGAUUCCCCAUCUAAACCUUAAAAUUAAAAGCAUUGCAAAUCCAUUAAUGCUUUUGUAGAAGAAUUCGCUAAAUUAAAAGAGGUUGAAGAUCUUAUUUUAAAUGGAAACGAUGUCUUUGGAGUAAAUGGAGCUUUUAAUGAUGUAUUAGACAAAAUAGAAGAUGAAGCUAAGAACUAUGAGAAAUUUUAAUAAUAUAAUAGUGAAGAAAUCCGAAAUACUAAAAAUGGUUUCGAUAAAAGAUGA